CCUUACAUAAGACGCCAUGUUCCUACAGUUGUUUGAAGAUUGAAAAAUCAGAGAAACCAUCAUUUCAACAAUGGAGAACAAGCCAAUUCUUGGAGAUGAAGAAGAGAAGACAAUAAAACCUAGCAGCUCUAGUGAAGAAAAUCAUGAUUUUAUAGCAAUCAACAACAAGGAAGAAAAUCAAAGUCAUGUAAAACAAGAAGAUGACAACUCCAAGGAUUGGAUUAACAAAAGGAUAAUUCCACCAUCAUCAAAGAGCAGGAGAAAGAAAUUGAAUCAGCAAAAGCGAAGAUGGGAGAGGUUAAAGAAGAGAACGAAAGGCUAAAAUUGUUACUAUGUCAAAUCGUGAAGGAUUAUCAGUCCCUGCACACGCGUUUCCUCGAUGUUCUUAAAAAAGAAGAAGCCAAUAAGUCCACCACCACCCCCAUAGUUGGAAGCCAUGAAGAAAAUAAUGAAGAACAUCACCAGCUUAUCUCCCUUAGCCUGGGGAGAAGCUCAAGCAAUGAUCCUCCCAAGAAACAAGAGAAAAAGAGUAGCAAAGACGAUGAUGAUGAUGAUGAUGAUGGGAAGCAUGGUAAUGAUGGUGGUGGAGGACUUGAGCUCGGGUUGGAAUGCAAAUUUGAGCCGGACGGUUCGAUUGAAUCGGAGAAGAAUAAUAACCCGAGCUGUGAAAGUAGCUUGGGAAAACCAGAGGAGGAGGAGGAGGAGAAGGAGCCGACUGAGGUAUGGCCACCAAGUAAAAUUCUCAAGUCUGUGAAAAAUGGAGACGAAGAAGAUGUUUCAGAGCCAAUGCAGUUGAAGAAAACUAGGGUUUCUGUGAGAACUAGAUGUGAUACACCCACGAUGAAUGAUGGAUGUCAAUGGAGAAAAUAUGGGCAGAAAAUAGCGAAAGGAAAUCCAUGUCCUCGAGCAUACUACCGUUGCACGCUUUCACCCACUUGUCCAGUGAGAAAACAGGUACAAAGAUGCUCCGAUGAUAUGUCCAUCUUAAUCACAACCUAUGAAGGGAACCAUAACCAUCCACUGCCUCUAAGUGCAACAGCCAUGGCUUCCACCACAUCUGCAGCUGCUUCCAUGCUCCACUCCCAAUCAUCUACCUCCCAACCUGCCCUCCCUACCUCUCUUUCUGCCCCCACUGCUUCCCUCUCUACUUCCACCACCCACCUCCAUGCUUUAUCCUUCAACUUUUCCCAAAACCCAACCCCAUCUCACCACUACCAUUUCCCCAACUCUUCAAUCUCAACCCUCAAUUCUCACCCCACUGUCACUCUUGAUCUCACUGCUCCGCCCCCACCACACAAUAACUACCCUUCAUAUUUCAGUAGAUUCUCUAAUCUACCCACAUCAUCAUCAUCAUCAUCAUCAUCAUCAUCAUGUCUCAACUGGAAGAAAACUAGCAGCCACUUAACCUUUGGGGGACCAUUGAAUAAUUACCCUGCAAUAAGGCAGUCACCACCUUACAUGCAAAUUACCAACCACCAGGCUUUAUCAGAGACCUUAACAGCUGCUGCAACCAAGGCCAUUACUUCAAACCCAAGCUUUUGUUCUGCCUUAGCUGCUGCUCUCACUUCCUUUGUUGGGAAUAAUGGAGGUAGUGGUGGUACUGCAAGUGAACUAGGCUUUGCAUCAAACAGCUAUCUGCAGGGAAAAAAACCCUCAUCCAUGGUUAAUCCUCACCAGCAACAAAAGCAAGGAAGUUUGCUACUCUUCCCACCAUCCAACACUGCUUCAGAUCCUCCUGCAGAUUAACAGCAAUCAUAGUUAAAAGUGAUGAUGCUUUACCCCCUCACAUAUUCCAAUUAAUUGCUUCUUCUUCUUCUUUUUUUGCCGUAUGAGUAAAAGAUUCUUUUCUGUUUAGAAUAAGUACUAGCUACUAAGUAUGAAUCUUACUUUGGGUUUUAUUUAUAUUGUUUACCUGCUUAGGUAAUUUGUUUAUGGUUAAAAAGUGCAAGUUUUGUAAUUUUCAAAUUUCUUUAAUAUUAUUAAAUUUAUUUU